UGACGCAAUCGUUUUGUUGAAACAAAAGAAACAAAAUUGAUUAUAAAGUUUAAUGAUUAUUAUUAUUAUUAUUAAACAUGGCUAAUCUAGAACCAUGUCCAGUUUGUCUGAAUCAACCUACUUAUCCAACAAAACUACCAUGUUCUCAUAUAUUUUGUUUUUUAUGUGCAAAAGGUGCCAUUUUACCGACACAUAAGUGUCCAUUAUGUCGUAGACAUAUAUCACCAUCAUUUUUCAACAACCCUGAAUUAAUUCAAACAGAAUCCACUCUAGAAGUAGCCAGUCUUUCCAGUAUUGAUUAUCAUUGGUUUUACGAAGGUUAUAAUGGAUGGUGGCUUUAUGAUGAACAAACUUCAAACGAUAUUGAAACUGCUUAUCAGAAUGAAGAACUUUUUGUUGAAGUUCUUAUUGCUGGUUUUAUCUAUGUAAUCGAUUUUGAAAAGGUACAAUAUCGUAAAGAAUUUCCAAACAAAUCAAGGAAAAUUAAACGUGAUAAAACUGAUAUGCAAAUCAAAGGAAUUGCUGGCCUCAGAACCCGUCGCCAAUAAUUGUAAACUAAUUAUAAAUAUAACUACUAUUGUAAAUAAAUGAAUAAAUAAAUAUUGUUCUUAUACAAGAAAAGUUUA